UCCCAUUCUCUUCUCUCUUUAUAUGUCUCUACUUUUAUCUUCUUCUUCUUCUUCUCUAACUGAAGAUAUUAAUUCUGGUUUCCUUCGGCCAAUAAUAAACCUUUUAAUUCUCUCUUAGAGGCUUCUGCUUCUCUAAUCUAUUCUUCAUUAGAAACUUUCUUUAUGAAAUGUGCACCAGAGGCCAUUGGAUGCCAGAGGAGGACGAGAAGCUCAAGGAACUGGUCACAAGGCACGGCCCUCACAACUGGAAUGCUAUUGCUGAGAAGCUGAAAGGGAGAUCAGGAAAGAGCUGUAGGUUAAGAUGGUUCAAUCAGCUGGAUCCAAGAAUAUUACGAAGCCCAUUCACAAAAGAAGAGGAAGAGAGGCUUAUAACUUCUCAUAGAAUUCAUGGAAAUCGGUGGUCUGUCAUCGCACGUUUCUUUCCAGGAAGAACAGAUAACGCUGUGAAGAAUCACUGGCAUGUAAUCAUGGCUCGAAGGUCAAGAGAAACAUCUAAAGUAUUAAAGCUAGAAGAGUAUGCACCAUCUGAAGAGAAGCAAAGAAGAGAGGAGCUGAAGCUUAAAUUCUAUAGUGAUUUUUUCUCUUCUAACUUAAUCGUAGGAGGAGACGAAGGAAUUAGUUAUGGCUAUAACUCAACUUCUCAAAGCCUUCUAUUCUUUAGCUAUUAA